GGGAUACGUGUCGCACUUAAUGUCUCUGCAUGUCCUUCACCAUGUCAGUAUAAUCUUGCCCCAACGAUCCGGCUUUUGACAGUUCAAUCUAGAUCUAAGAAGUGAUAUUGCCGAGCUCAUCAAGGACAACUCCAUCACCACGAUUCCGACUGUAAGACGCAAUUCCGCCCGCAGUCUAAGACAUCCCAUAGCCUCGUCUCUGUAAUAUAAAUCGCAAAUCAGCCUACGUCCACCGACUUCGACGUUCUCCCAAUCAGAAAUGGUGCUCUCAUCAACAACCUCUCUCAAAAUCGCGAGCGAUCCAGCUAGAACUUGCAUGCUCCAGCUAAUGCCAGCGCGCAGCGUCAUCCUCAAUGGCUGAGACGACAACCGCACCAGGUCAGGCUGGACAUAGCCCGCCGUACGGCCUCACGCCCUCAAAUGCACCUUCUGCCUUCUCAGCACCCUCCGAUUUUCUCCCAGGUCUACCGCCAUCCACGACGCGCCCAUGGCAAGAUGCCUCACCUGUUUCGGAUGAAGUGCAAACGUCACCACAGCCCAGAGUGUCGAGUGGGUUGCCUGACAGGUCUCUCACUCACAGGUCUUGCGUGACCUGCCGCAAGCGCAAAGUCAAAUGCGACAAGCUACAUCCUUGUACGAACUGCAAACGGGCCCACAUUGAGUGUAUUUUCCCAGCUCCUGGACGAGCGCCCCGGAAGGUCAACAAGAAAGUUGUCGAGAGUCGUGAUAAGGAAUUGCUGGAAAGAUUGAGGCGCCUGGAAGGUGUGGUUAAAGGACUGGGUGUGACCGAUCUCGAGGUGUUGGCACUGCAGAGCGGGGAGGAUGGGGGUAAAGAGCAGGGCCAGCAGCUGCUGGAAGCUGAGCAGGCAGGAGCUGCGCGUGGGCAAGUCACAGGAGAAACAACGGAUGCCGAUACGUCAUUCAAUGGCAACGAAAAGUCUACUCAGAGCAGGACGAAACACAUUGACGAGAACCCGGCAGCCGGGAUUGAGAACCGUUUCGGUCGGCUUGUGAUGAAUGAAGGAAAAUCGAGAUACGUCAGCAGUUCGUUCUGGGCGAAUCUCAGCAACGAAGUAGAAGAUCUAAAGGGAUUAUUGAAUCAAUCAAGCGAUGAAGAGGACGACGAUCUGGAGUCUACCUCGGCCCUGUCGCAGCAACAUGAACCCAGCAACCAUCACGGCUUCAUCUUCGGGGCUAGUUCGCACAAUGUCGAUCUCCUGAGCUUGCAUCCGCAGCCUGGACAAAUCAAGCUUUACUGGGAAAUCUUCAAGGAUCGUGUAGAUCCUCUCGUCAAGGUAUUGCAUAUACCAACAACCGAAUCUACAAUUAUUGCCGCUUCUUCUUCCCUGACGACUCUACCCCGAGGAUUCGAAUGCUUGCUUUUUGCCAUCUACUAUUGUGCUACCACAAGCCUUUCGGGUCGAGAUUGCCUAAACCAGCUUGGCGAAGACAGAACAAUACUGCUGACCCGUUAUCGCUUCGGUAUCGAACAAGCACUUGCCCGAGCAAACUUUCUCACCACUGAAGAAGUCGCGGUGCUGCAAGCAUUUGUGCUAUUUUUGAUUUGCUUGCGACGCAACAACGACGCACGUGUGAUUUGGACAUUGACGGGUCUUGUGGUGAGGAUUGCACAGACUAUUGGUAUUCACCGAGACGGUUCCCAUUUUGGCCUGACGCCCUUCGAAAUCGAGAUGCGACGCCGACUUUGGUGGCAGGUUUGUGUCCUUGAUGUCCGAGCGAGCGAAGAUCAUGGCUGCGAUCCUACAAUCCUGGAACAAUCAUACGACACCAAGAUGCCGCUGAAUAUCAAUGACGAGGAUAUGUCGCCGGAGAUGCAGGAGCACCCUCCUGAUAAAUUGGGUUGUACAGAUAUGUCCUUCUGUCUUUUGCGUUUUGAGAUUGGCAAUUACUUCAGGAGGAUCAACUACGUUCCUCCCGGACCGGCCAAACCUGGCGGUGACUCUUGUGCGUCGAUGACCCUAGCAGAGAAGGAGAAAUGGAUCGCAGAAUGCCACAAGAAGAUCGAAGAGAAAUAUCUGACUCACUGCGACAUGAGCAAGCCUCUCAAUUGGGUCGUGGCUACCGUUGCAAGGCUCAUGAUGAGCAAAAUGUGGUUGAUGGUGUAUCAUCCCUUUCAAAGACAAAACAGAGGCACGACUUUGUCCAAGGAGACCCGAGAAAAACUCUUCAUCACGAGCAUUGAGAAUAUGGAAUACAGCCUUAUGUUGGAGACCGAAGCAAGAACCAUGAAGUGGAAUUGGCUCUUUCGAACAUACGUACAGUGGCAUGCCUUGGCUUUUACACUUUCUGAGCUGUGCCAUCGGACAACUGGUGAAAUGGUCGAGCGAGCUUGGACGGCUGUAGAGAAGACUCGUGAUGCGCGUUGGGGCUCGGAGGUCCCCGAGGACACCAAUUCAAGUCAGCUCUGGCGACCACUCAAACGGAUCUAUCGAAAAGCGAGGGAGGUCCAUCAGCGUGGUCAGCAGGAUACAAUGCCGAAACAAGUGCGAGCAGCCGCCCAGCCCAUGCGGACCUAUAGUCCGAAUCCAAAUCCAAUGUUCGGCCCUGCCAGUAGGCCACGUAUCACUCGUGCGCCUCUCAGUCAAGCACAAUUGCAACGAUUCAGUGACGGCCCACCAUCGACUCCACGAGACCCCACGAUAAAUACCGAGCUUCCACUCACGUCCCAAUUCGAUCCGAUGACAACGCAAUAUACCUCAUCAGCAUAUUUACCCGCUCAAUCCACUCCAUCCACACUGCAGCAAAAUCCCUUGACGCAGACCUACUUGACCUCCAACCCCCAGGUCGGAGCCACCAAUCUCCAACAACCCAAUAAUUUCUUCUCCCAAACAUCCCCUCCCACCGCAGCAGCACCAUCGACCUUCUACCCCGGCUUCCCGUCAAAUCCCGCCCCGUCACUCGUCAUGCCGAACCAAAUACCAUCUUUCCUCCAACCUCAACUCAGACAGAUGCCGGGAAGCUACAAUACCAAUGCGGGGUCUGCCGCCGCUGUCCCUGAGCCCGGCACCCCGGAAUUCGACUUUAUGGACACCUCGGGAGACGUGGACUGGGCGAACUGGGAACAGCUCGUCCGACAGUAUGGUAUGGAUAUCGGUGCCGGGAAUGCGGAUGUGGCAGGCGGUGCUGGUGGUGGUGGCGGCAGCGGUGCGAUCGGUGGUGCCGGCGGUGGUGGGCCGGAAAUCGCGGGGAGUUGGAAUGGGAGACUUGGGUCAUGGUGAUAGAAAUGAAUAACGAAGAAAGGGAAUAUGAACAUGAUGAGCAAAACAAAGAAAUUGGAGAAAAACGUUUCAUAUGACAUAUGGAAUGUCAAUUCAUGUCAUGUAGUAUUCCUCCUCACCUCGGCCGAAUUUGGAAGUCGUCAUCAAAUGCAUACAGAAUACUUCUCAUUCGUCAGAGGAGGACAAGGAUCCGUGAGGCAUUGGUCAGGGUGAUAGCUUAGUGCCUGGUUCUGUUAUAUCCCUGCCGGCUCCUUAAGCGGCAGUAAGGACUUGAUUUAAUACUACCUAGGUAACUAUAUAAGAAC